AUGACUGAAACAACAAAGAGGGAAGAUGCAAUAAUAAAUGGAACUAAAGAAAAACCAGUUUGUGAAUUUUUCUAUAAAAUUGGAGCUUGCAGACAUGGAGAUGCGUGUAACAAAACACACAUCAAACCAGAGUCAUCUCAAACUUUACUUUUUACACGAAUGUAUCAAAACCCAAAAAAAAGAAUUGACGAUGGAGAAGCACUUGAACGAGAUGAAAAAAAAAUUAUGAGAGAGUUUAAUGAAUUUUACGAAGACGUUUUCAGAGAGUUAGAGAACUAUGGAGAAAUACUUGAUUUUAUUGUUUGUGGAAACGACAAUGAUCAUAUGAUGGGAAAUGUUUACGUAAAAUAUGAUACUGAAGAACAUGCAGCAGCAGCUAAGAAAGCUUUAACUGGAAGGUAUUAUGCAAAAAAAAUACUUGCUCCUAAUUUUUGUAGAGUGACUGAGUUUAAGGAGGCCAUAUGUCGACAACAACAAAUCGGAACAUGUACAAGAGGAGGGAUGUGUAACUUUAUUCAUGUGAUUGAACCAGAUCGUAAUUUAAAAUAUGAUUUGUUUAGAAAACAAAAAUUUAGAAGAAGAAGAGAAAGAAUGAUAAAGGAAGAAAAAGAACAACCACAAGAAUUAAUCAAUAAUAUUGAUGAUCACAGAAAGUGUAGAGAAAGAUAUAGCAGAUCUCGUUCAAGAAGUGAUUCUAGAGAAAGACAUUAUCGAAGAGAGUCCUAUAACCAUUACUAUUCCUCUAGAUCAAGAAGUCCUUCAAGAGAUAGACAUUAUAGAAAGCAUUCAACAAGUCAUGAACAUUCUUCUUCAAGAAGAAGAUAUUAUGAUAAUUAA